AUGAAGCUCUUCUGCACGAGUCUGCUUGCAGCAACGGCAGCAGCGACUCUCUCGCAAGUGCCUUUUCAAGAUACGCCAGAAGUGGAAGGCUUUCAAACAUACCACAGUCAAUAUUCGGAACAUCAUUCCAUCCGCAUAAAGCGACAACAAAGCGAUACAUUAUGUGAUGCUCGUUCCAAGCAGUAUACUGGCUGGCUAGAUGUCGGACAGAAGCACAUAUUCUUCUGGUACUUUGAGUCACAAGACAAGCCGGCUGAAGACCCCCUUCUGCUGUGGUUGACAGGAGGACCCGGUGGCUCUGGAAUGUUGGGUAUGCUGGGUGAGCUAGGUCCGUGUAUGAUCAACGAAUUUGGCAACGGGACCGUGUACAACGAAUACGGGUGGAGCAAAAAUGCCAACAUUAUUUUUGUUGAUCAGCCAGCAGGCGUUGGCUUUAGCUAUGUAGAUGAGGGCAUCCCGCUCACUUCCACAAGCUUCUCGGCUGCCGAAGAUAUGCAUCAUUUCUUGCAGCUGUUUACGAGCGAUGUCUUCCCGGAUCUCUACGAGAGAGACUUUCAUAUCACAGGAGAAAGCUAUGCUGGACACUAUGUUCCCACCUUGGGCGCUGAAAUUGUCUCGAAGAACCUCAUGUAUCCAAAACGACCCAAGGUCAACCUCAAGUCAACUUUUACCGGAAACGCCUUUGUUUCACCCAAGGACACUACCUUCGGCUACUGGGAGACGCUCUGCACAACGAACCCCGGUGUCGAAAGUCCAGUCUUCAACCAGACACGCUGUGACAUCAUGGCUACCAACCUACCACGCUGCAUGGAGCUUUCUAGCGUUUGUUACAAUCAUCCCGAUCCAGCUAUAUGCAUCGCAGCCGAAGAAGUAUGUGAGGAAGGCGUGAUUUUGUACUACGACGGCGAGUCUGGAGAAGGGGGCCGUAAUCGUUUCGACAUCACCCAUGAGUGCGAAACGAGAGAUGAUCUAUGCUACCCCGAGAUUAAAAGGAUACAAGAAUAUCUGAACCUACCUUCUGUUUGGGAGGCUCUCAGUGUUCCCAAAGCAGUAGGCAACUACUCGGUAUUGUCUUAUGACAUUGCCUGGGCCUUCGCGCUAACCGGAGAUGGUAUGCUCAGCACGCAGCCGCAGGUCCUGUAUCUGCUUGACCACGGCAUUGACGUACUCUUCUAUCAGGGUAACCUUGAUCUCGCUUGCAACACAGCGGGUAACCUCCAAUGGGCAAGUACAAUGCCAUGGAAGGGUCAGCCAGCAUUUGUCGCGCAGCCGAAGAGGAUGUGGAAGAACGGGGGCGACGAAGUGGGCUGGUUCAAGGAAGUCAAGACCAAGACCGCGAGCGGACGGGAGACGACGUUUGCUUUCGCGACAGUGGAUGGGGCGGGCCACAUGGUACCUCUCGAUAAACCCAAGGAGGCGCUGGUACUGGUUGAUAGAUGGUUGAACAAGCGGAGCUACGCGUGA